CAGGUAGUUUUGUUGGCGGCCACGGCGGCGUAGCCCCGGAGCGAGCUUUACACGGGCGCCAGUGCCGCAGGAGGCGCGAGGGGACAAAGACGUUCAGAUGGCAGAAAACAGUCUUUCAGAUGGAAGCCCUGCAGAUUCUGCGGAAGCUGCUAAAAAUGCCAGUAAUACAGAAAAGCUCACAGACCAGGUGAUGCAGAACCCACAAGUGCUGGCAGCUUUGCAGGAACGUCUUGAUAACGUCUCUCACACUCCUUCUAGCUACAUAGAAACUUUACCCAAAGCCGUCAAAAGGAGAAUUAAUGCUCUGAAGCAGCUCCAGGUGAGGUGUGCACACAUAGAAGCCAAGUUCUACGAGGAAGUUCACGACUUGGAGAGGAAGUAUGCAGCCUUGUACCAGCCUCUUUUUGACAAGAGAAGAGAAUUCAUCACUGGUGACGUGGAGCCCACAGAUGCAGAGUCAGCGUGGCACAGUGAGAACGAGGAAGAAGAAAAGUUGGCUGGAGAUAUGAAGAAUAAAGUAGUUAUAGCAGAGAAAGAGGCAGCAACAGCAGAAGAGCUGAACCCCAAAGGCAUCCCUGAGUUCUGGUUUACCAUCUUCAGAAACGUAGAUAUGCUUAGCGAGCUGGUGCAGGAAUAUGACGAACCUAUCUUGAAACACCUGCAAGAUAUUAAAGUCAAGUUUUCAGACCCCGGGCAGCCUAUGUCUUUUGUGCUAGAGUUUCACUUUGAACCCAAUGACUACUUCACCAAUCCUGUCCUGACGAAAACAUACAAGAUGAAAUCAGAACCAGACAAGGCUGACCCGUUUUCUUUUGAAGGUCCUGAAAUUGUGGACUGUGAUGGGUGUACAAUUGACUGGAAGAAAGGGAAAAAUGUCACAGUCAAAACCAUCAAGAAAAAGCAGAAGCACAAGGGCCGGGGCACCGUGCGAACCAUCACCAAACAAGUGCCCAAUGAGUCCUUCUUCAACUUCUUCAGCCCCCUGAAAGCCUCUGGAGAUGGAGAGUCUCUGGAUGAAGAUUCCGAGUUCACCUUAGCCUCUGACUUUGAAAUUGGGCACUUUUUCCGUGAGCGAAUCGUGCCACGGGCUGUCCUCUACUUCACUGGGGAGGCCAUAGAGGAUGAUGACAAUUUUGAAGAAGGCGAGGAGGGAGAAGAAGAGGAAUUGGAAGGUGAUGAGGAGGGAGAAGACGAGGACGAUGCUGAUGUUAACCCCAAGGUGUAAUUUUUGUGUUAAUCAUUCAUGCGUUUCUAGAAAGAACCCAGCCAGCCAGCAGAGUGCAAGCAGCAGUGAGAAGCAGCGACCCUGAGGGGCCGCAGUGAGAAGCAGCGACCCUAAGGUCGCCUUGUGGACGGCUGUCAGGACCCCAGGCCGCAGGCAGGGCCCCCAGUCCCUGCCAAAGCAGAAUUUGUUGACAGUGCUGUGACAUCUAACCAUUUCCAAGUGCAUGAUCCCUCUCCCCUUUCCCUUCUUACUUUGCUUAACUUGUACAGUGGAGACUGGGCUGCCAUUCAGAAUAGAUUUAGUUGUAGCACCUGCGGCCUUGGUGCCUGAAGACCACGUAGGGUAGGCUGGGGUUGUGCCUGGGAUAGGCAGAGCCUGGUGACCUGUGCACGCAGCCCUCCCCUACCGAAGAAGCUCCAUGGUUUCCAGCUACUGAACUUGGUGGGAAGCUGCUCCAGCUGCUGUACCCUAGUCAUCUCUCAAGCACUGUAGAGGAGGCUGUGCUCGCCUUAGAGUUUUUCUUUUCUUUUUCUUUUUCUCCCCCCUCCCCCCCUUGAUUUUUGGUUUCAGGGCUGGGUGGGUUGUGGCACACACCUGAGGCCAGAGCUGUCUGGUUCACCCUUGUACUUAUUUAUUCACUUGUGCUUGGGGUGGGGGGCGGGCUUUGAACUUCAUUCUCCUCCUCCUCUCACUUAUGAGACCAUGUUGCUGGCUUAACCAGGAGGAUGUGAUAUCAAGUGGAGUGAGGUCUAUGGAGGAAGCCCCGCUGCCUCCUGCCACUAGCUGCUCUGUGCCAUGCAGACCACAUGUUAUUGUCGCCUCUGGAGGGUGCCAGGCUGUAGCGGGGGGGGCCAAAGCCCUCCCUCACUAGGGAUUGCUGGCCUGUAGAGCACAGCUUCAGCUUGCACUGUGCACACCAGGGCCACACCUGGGUUUGGUGACCAGUUGGUGGUUGGUGUGUGUGUGUGUUCGUGUGUGUGUGUGUGUGUGUGUGUGUGUGUGUGUGUGUGUGUGUGGCAUUUCUGAGUGUGUGGUUGUGGUCUUUGGCAGCCAGGACAGCCAUGUCCACAGUGACCAGCCAUAUAGAGCGUGCUCGGCCUUACCCGAUAACACAUUUGUAACUGAAUACGGUGUUUUCGAUUUGUACAGAAUAGUUAGAAUAUUCUAUUAAAGUUGUGAAACACGAA